AACCCAACAGCGGAAAAGUGAGUUGAGCAAGAGAAAGAAAAUGUCAGAUCAUGCCCGAGCCAGAUUAAUGAAACAUAACAGCAGAAGCGGACCCCUCCUCUGCACUUACUGUGCCAACUUCCUGCAAGAAAUAAAGGAACCAGAUCACUUCAGAGAAGGUGCCCCGCACUUUGCAACGUCUGAAACCCUCUCCCAGAGGCACUGCUGAAAGGGCUGAACCACACACUGAAAGAGCCAUGGAGGAGCAGAGGAAACCCAGGAAGCUGGGCUCAAGCCGACGAAAGCAGCUGCGAGACGCAUUUGGUGAUGCAAAGACGUCCCCAAUCCCGGAGGAGGAGCCGUUCCCACCCGAAAUAAUGGAAAAGAUUCAGGAUUUCUUCCAGGAAUGUGACAAGGACCAGAAAGGUUUCAUCACACGCGCUGACAUGCAGAAACUUAAGAAAGAGGAUUUCCCAUGCAGCGCAGAGGAGCUGGAGCUGGUCUUUGAUGGUCUCGAUACCAACAGGAACGGAUAUUUAACUACGGAGGAAUUCACCACGGGGCUCAAGCAGUUCCUGAGCUUGCAGACCGCAACAAGGCAGCACAGGAGAAGGAAGACAGCUUCCAGGAGGGUGUACAUGUCCCGCACGGACUACUCCCUGGAAGAAGCAGACAGCGAGGAAAGAAAAUGCUUCAGAGCGUUCAUGGAUCAACUCGGAGCAGACAAUAUCUUUGAAGACCAGUCAGAGAUUUGGAGGCUCUGGGUGAAGCUCCGUCAAGACGAGCCGCACCUGUUAGGGAACUUGGAGGAGUUCUUGGCCAAGAUGACGCACCGGAUCAAGGAAGCUCAGAGCGAAAAGGUGACACUGGAGCUGACCUUGAACAAACGGGUCACUGAUCACAACUGGGAGGUGCAGCAGCUGUACGAGGAAAUGGAGCAGCAAAUAAACCGGGAGAAGCAGCGCCUUCAGCAUGAGAGUAAAGCCAGAAGUCACCUGCACACCACGGAGGUGCAGAGAGCACUAGACAUCGUGGAGGGGGAAGUGCAGCGCUUGCUGGUGGUUCAAAGUGAGCUCGAGACCCAGUUCUACAGCCUCAGCACCAAGCAGCACGCUGCCACCAGCGAGAACCAGAGGCUGAAAGAAAACAACCAGGACCUGGAGAACCAGCUGCAGCAAAUCCACAUUCAGCUCCAGGAGACCCAAGGGCAACUGGGUGCUAUGAGGGGCAGGGUAUCUCAGCUGCACAGCGAGGAAGGGAGGGCGCCGUACGGUAUUUCAUUUGCUCCUGAUUCGGGACACAGGACAAGAGUGAUCUCCACAGAAGAAGACCCCGCCACAGAGUUUAUGAAAAAGGGAGAGGCGUUCUUCCAGCUGGAAUUUUCAGGCCAAAGCUCUUUGCUCAGAGAACUGAACGAUGCAAUAGCAGCUCUGGACAACGUAUCUGAACCACAAGUACCAGGGACAGAUGACCUACUGCAUGGGGAUGCUUCUUUACACCCAGCCAGACAAGGUGGGGAUUCGAAGCAAAGAAUCAAGCAGGUCAGAGAUUCGGAGCAUCAGGUGCUCUCAAGAAAUGACAAUGAACCUAAGGCCCUGUCCGAAGCACUUUCAGUCCUUUCCACCAAUCAGGCUACGUCACAAGGAGAGGCUCUUAAACAGGGACCAACUCAAGCAGAACCGCAUGCACAGGAUGUGAAGCAGGCUCCGGCCUCUGAGCCAGCAACGCACAACGAGGCUCCAAAACUAACGAAGACAGAGGUUGUUUAUGCAGAGGUGCAGCCCCCUGCUGUUUCAGAGCCAGCAAUGCAAGCCACCAUUCCCAAGCAGAACCCACCAGAGAGAGGUGUUCUCCUGCCAAGUGUAUCACAGCCUGGCAUUAGAGAGCAGGCAGCGCCAGAUGAAAUACAGAAGUGGGUAUCAAUGAAGAGAGAUGUGGUCCUUGCAGAUGUGUGGCCACUUGCUGUUUCUGAGCAGGCACUGCUGAAGGAAAAGCCUCCAGAAAUGAAAGCACCGGAGAAGAAGACAUUUGAGCAGAGAGAGCCACCAAAACAGGAGAUACCACCAACUUAUCUCCCUCAUGUGGGAGCCCUGCACAAGGAAGGUGUAGAAAAUGAACAAGGGGGAGCCCUUCGCAGAGCCAGCCAGCUGGGGGAUACGCCCCAGGCCAAGACACAGCCCCAAAGCACUGAGAAACCGGAGGCGACCCGGGCAGAAGAGACAAGAGGAGACAUGGAUAUUUUUCAACAAGAGGAGAAGCAAGCGAGCAGAGUGAAGGCGAACGAGGAUACAAUCCCCAAACUGGGAGGCCAAGGGUAUCAAGGUAAUGUGACACCAGAGCAGCCAGGCGGAACUGCUAAAGGCACCACAGAGACCUGCACUGAUCCAGACCAUCUUUAUAACGUGUUGUUUGUGGGGGACUCAAACGUUGGCAAAACAUCGUUUCUGUACCGGUUACAUGAGGAUUCCUUCAACCCAAGUCUAACUGCUACCGUAGGAAUGGAUUAUCGGGUCAAAAACCUUUUUGUGGACAACAAGUGCUUUGCUCUACGCCUAUGGGACACAGCUGGUCAAGAAAGGUACCAUAGCAUCACCAAGCAGUUCUUCCGUAAAGCUGACGGAGUGGUGUUGAUGUAUGAUGUCACUUCAGAAUACUCCUUCGCAGACGUGCGCUACUGGCUGAGUUGUAUCCAGGUAGGUAUAAUGGGUGAAAUCCUGGCUCCACUGAAGGUAAUGCCUCAGUUUCCCAGCUGUUCAAUGGGAGAAGGAGGGUUGUGAGGCUAAAUUAAUUAGUGCAAGAGACUCUGAGAUCUUUAAAUGCUAUAUUCUUAAAAAGAAACACAUAGUCAUUUUAGAAGACAAGGCCAAAUUCUGCCCUGACCUAAACCUCAUCAACUGUACUCAGCUAGGUCGCUUGGGGACAGAAACAGAGCAGAAUUGGGCCACCUAUAUUUUAUUAAUCGUGUUUAGGAUGAAUAUAUUGGUCCAAGUAAAUAGUUAAGAGAGGAACGAGGGCAUUGGUACUGGAGCUAUUCAUAUUUUGAAAAAGACAUAAGCAACCCAUGUACUUGAUGAAAAAUGUCAUGAAGUUUUAUCAGCCCUCAGUAUCAUUACCUAGACAGAUUCACCCAUGAUGUAAUCCCCAUCAAACAUACUGGAAUGACAUAAGGAAUGAAUUUGACCUAUGUCUUAUGCUAAGCUCGGAAUGUGGAUGGAAGAAACAUUUGUGAAUUUCAUCGUAUGCAGCUGUAUCUGGCCAGAUCCUCAGAUGGUUUAAAUUGGUGUAACUCCAUUAAGUCAGUGGAGCCACACUGAUUUACAUUAGUCUGCAUCUGGCCACAUGGGGUUUGGGAUUUGCAAUAGCAAGUAACUGAGGGUGGCAGGGUCUUUCUUUGGUGUCAUAAUAAUACUAGCUCUUAUAUAGCACUUUUCAUACACAGAUCACAAAGUGCUUUACAUAGGAAGUCAGUAUUAUUAUCCCCAUUUUACAGAUGAGGAAACUGAGGCACAGAGAGGGGAAAAGGUCACCCAGCAGGCCAGAGCACGGAAUAGAACCCAGGUUUCUCGAGUCUCAGUAUAGAGCUCUAGCCACUAAGCGAAACUGUUACCUCAAUAUGGGCCAAAUUUUGCCCUUGACCACACACCCACAGUUCCCACUGAAGUCAGCUGCAGGCACCUACAUAAAUAUGAGGGCCAGAUUGGCCUUAUCUCUUUAUGGAGAUGAUGCAGUGGCUGCAAAGAUGGGUGCUUUAAGAAUUUCCUGUAGAACUACACCACUAACACCCUUAUUCUUGAGUAGGGAAAAGUCUCAUGGGUUCUUUAAUACCCAUGAAGGGUCACAGACUUGAUUUUGCAUCUCAUCCAUGCGCUGGCUAUAACUGGAGCAGGUGGAAGCUUUUCAGAUUUUUUUUUUUUUUUGUCAGUUGGCCACUGGCAUUGGCCACUGUUUAAGACAGGAUACUGGGCUAGAUGGAGCUUUGGUCUGAUCCAGUAUGGCUGUUCUUAUGUUAAUUAAUAGCAUUUAUUCUAUCAUGAAUUUAUUUUGCAAUAAAAGUUCAUUUUUCCAUAUUUUGCACAAUAUUUUCCUGAUGUUGUUUACUGAAAAUAUUGUCAAAAUGGCUAUCAAGUCUUUUUUGUUUUGAUUUGGGGAAAAUGAAGGAUUUUGAAAAUGAUUUACGUAGUGAUUUUUUAUUUAAAAAAUUGCAAAAAAACCCCAUUUUUUUAAAAAAGAAAAUGGAUCAGCUUUAAACCCUGAGGAAUGGAAACAAAAUCAUUUUUUUCGUUAAAUUUUUUAAUUAAUUUUUCAACCUACUCUGAGGUCGGUUGAAACUAUUGCAACAAACUUCCAAGGGAAGUGGCAGAUUCUCCGUCUCUCCAUGGCUUCAAAUCAAGACCAGAUGCCUUUCUGGAAGAGAUGCUCUAUCAUGUAAACCCAAACCCCAAUGGACCAAAUCCAUGCAGGUCAGUGGAGUUACGCUAGUCUUUGCCCUGAUGUGUUCAGAAGCUGUGUAAGGUUAUGAUUUGAAGAAACUGCAGAUCCCAUAUGGUCAAUGGCAAAACUCCCACUGACUUCACUGGGGCCAGGAUUUCACCCCACCUGUC